UGCGGCUCUGCUCGCUCUGAACGUCACUUCAGACAGUGUCAGCUGCCAACACGAUAAGUUCGUGUCCACGCCAGUGUGUAGUCCAGACGCCCUUCUAGCGUCUGUCUUAACCUGUCACCAUGAGUACCGUGGCCUCAGAGAGCGUGUUUAUGUCUGCUUUACAGCCCAACAGCUCGGUCACCACCUACGGAUUCCCGUCCGACGGGGGCUCCAUGUCGGACGAGGUGGCCAGAGCGCGGCGCGUCCAGUCGCAGGUCCAGAUGAGACUGGCGCAAAAGUCUACACUUCCGCGUCAGAAUGGAUCCGUCUCACAGUACGCCACGUCAGACUAUGGCGGCUCUUCAACAAUGAAAUAUCAAACCUAUAACCCAAAUUACAGCUCUAAAUCGUCCUAUAUGUACACAGGCUCCAGAACAAUGGGUCCACGUGUAUCCCAGAGGUCGGGCUUCAGCUGUCAGUCUGCUGGCCCAGAUCUGGCCCAGUUCCAGAAGAUCAGUGUUGGAGGUGGAGGAGCUGGUGGUGGCAAUUUUUACAGAGAAGACUUGCGCAUGGGCGGCUAUCAAGGCAACGCCAGACUCCAGAGCCAAAUGGACCCAGAAACCCUCUCUAUGCAUUCAAUGCGACAGCAGGCAAUGCAGGUGAAUCCCUGGAUGGUUGAUGGCAGCGAUGCUGGCAGCAUGGUCUCUGACCGGGAUGCCACCUACAGCCGCACUCAAUACGCUCAGAACGCAGUCAACGGCUACAGCCAGGUGAGGCAAGGAGGAGGCACCAUGACCUUUCCAUCACAGAUACACCGAUCUCUUAGUGGCACUACAGCAGGAGAGAUGGAGAUAGCCCAGCAACAUUCCUACAAAGGCCCAGCCCACCGCACCAUCAGCAGGAUUGCAAACCGAAACCGAAUGAGCAUGGGCUCAAUGUCUGGGACCCUGCAGCACCAGAUGUCCUCAGGUGGGAGCGCCUAUGGUGGAGGAGGAGACAGAGUGGACGGGGGAUUCAUUACAUCUGGAAUGGGCUCUAGUUCCCAGGGGAACAUGAUAAUGCAACGUCAUGGCACUAUUCCCCGUGCCAUGUCCAUCAAAAGCAUGCAUAGUGUGGGCAGGGGCAUGGACAUCUAUGGUGGGCAGAUGGAGAUGGGAGCCAGCAUGGGCAACCUCAGUGGGAUCAACUCCCUGGACAUGCCCACUGCAGUGCAACACCUGAGAGAGCCUGACCACGAUCUGCAGGUCCUGGGCGCUGCCUACAUUCAACAUGAGUGUUACAAUGACAGUGAGGCCAAAAAUGAGGUGCGUCGUUUAAAGGGCAUUAGUGAGCUGGUGAAGCUGUUCACCAGUGACAACCAGGAAGUGCAGCGUUACGCCACUGGCGCCACACGCAACCUCAUCUAUGAAAACAUGGAUAACAAGGUGGCCCUCAUCGAGGAGGGAGGCAUCCCAGAGCUGGUCAAGGCACUUAAGGAGCCUGACGAUGAGCUCCACAAAAACAUCACAGGUAUCCUGUGGAACCUUUCAUCCAAAGACAACCUGAAGGAGAAACUAGCCAGAGAGACUCUGUCUCAGCUCACAGAGAAGAUCCUCAUCCCUCUGUCAGGCGGCAGAGACUCUGACAGCAUCCACCAGUCCUCCUCCGAGGCCGACAUCUUCUACAACACCACAGGAUGCCUCAGGAAUCUGAGCUCUGUGAAUGAGAAGACCCGCCAGCAGAUGAGAGAAAUGAAUGGACUAGUGGAUUCUUUGGUUAGCUACAUCAAAGUCUCCCUUGAUGAGAACAAGGCAGAGGACAAAGGGGUUGAAAAUGCUGUGUGUGUCCUGAGGAACCUUUCCUACCAAGUCUACAGUGAGAUGCCACCAUCUGCUAUUGUGCGCCUGGAAGGGCCGACCAGAGCUCAGAACUCUGGGAAGGGUGACGCCAUUGGUUGCUUUACACCUCAGAGCAGAAAAGCCAAAAAUAGCAAGAGCCAGGACCUCUCCACCUUCACCGAGGUUGCUCGGGUGCCAAAGGGCAUGGAGUGGCUGUGGCAUCCACAUAUAGUAGGAAUAUACAAACGUGUACUACAGCAGUGCGAGAUCAACUCCACUACUCGUGAGGCAGCUGGUGGAGCUCUGCAGAACAUCACAGCUGGAGACAAGAGGUGGGCUUCAGUGCUGAGCCGGGUGGCUCUGGAGCAGGAGCGCAUACUGCCAGUGCUGCUGGACCUCCUGCGCACCAACAAUGACCUGGAGCUGCGCUCCCUCACAGGCUUCCUCCGAAAUCUGUCUCGCCAUGCCAGGGAUAAGAAUGACAUGGCCACAAAGGUGGUGAACAAUCUGGUGACCAAGCUACCUGCCGAUGGACAGCAGAAGGAUCCCUCCAGCGAGGUGGUGGUCAACAUCUGUGGUGUUCUCAAUAACUUAGUGACCAGCAGCUCUUUGGCUGCCAGAGACAUCACCUUCUUUGAUGGCCUGUCAAAACUGGUUGCCAUCAAGAACACCAAUGAUAGCAGCGCCGGGAAGAUAAAAGCAGCCAAAGCAGCGGCCACAGUUCUCACCAACAUGUUCCAGUACAAGAAACUGCACAAACAGUACAAAGAGAAAGGGUUUACAAGACCGGAUUUUGCAGAUAUGACAAUGUGAACAAAGGUAAUGUAGUACAAGAUCAGUCCUGCACUCGAACAUCUUUUCAGAUGUGCAGGAGUAAAUGAACUCUUUAUAAUAUUCAAAGAUAACUAAGCCUCAGUUUUUAUCUGCCAUAACUUGUCAUAAGAACACGAACACACAAGUGGUGGAGGGUCUGUCCAAUAGAAAACAUGGUGUGAUGGACUCCAAUACUUGUGUGUACACCUUUUCUAUCUCUGUUUGAGCACUAUAUGCGUGUUUAGUGUGGAAUCAGGGAUUUGUUUUCUGCCCGAGCAACAUAUAUCCAGAUGAAACUAAAGCUGUUUCAGUGUAAACCUGUUCAUGGACAUUUGUGCCUUAUCUUUUCACCUUUGCACUUAAAUUUCAGGAUAUAUGCAACAAAUGUGGUACUAGCAUUUUUGUAAAUACUGCUUUUUCUUUUACACAAAAUCAGAUUGACUAUUUUAUAUAGUGUAGCUAUGUACUUUGUAGUUUUUGGAUAAUGUCAACACUAGAACGUGUAGAUGGAAUGAUGAUACAUGAUGGAGUGUAAACCAGAGGAGAUUUCUAGAAAUGGUUUCCUGAAUUCUUUAAUACAUUUGAUUCAGAAUAAUGGGGAUAAUUAUUGUGCCUCCAUUUGACUUUUGUAUUUAGUUGUGUGCUUUUUUUUUUAAAGUUGCAAAAUCUGUCUUGUCAUACAAAAUACUGUUUCCUUUAUAAUCACUUUGUCAAAUAGAACCCAAAAGUACUAUUGUGUUUUUCUUCUGCAACGUGCAAGUUUAACUGCUGUUUGCCUAACGUUGUUGUUGGUGUGUGUGUGUGUGUGUGUGUGUGUGUGUGUGUGUGUGUGUGAGAAACAAAGGUGAAAGGAUACAGUCCCAACUUUACCUGAAGAAAAAAAAUAUAUUUUAUUAGUAUUUGAAUUCUUUUUUAUGUCCAAUUGCAAAAUUAGACUGAUUUAACUUUCUAAUCUAAAUAAGUUCAAUCUAUUUGUGAAACAUAAUUGUUGUUAGUCACCAACAGUUUGUUUAAAAAAAAAA